AUGGUGAAUGAGAACAAUAUCGGUAGCGUGGAGGUAUUAAAAGUCGCUACCGAGAAGUGUCAAUGGGAUACAAAAGACCACCGGUUAAAAAAGACUGAAGCUCGAGAUGGUUAUCGCGCCAGAUCCCAACGUACACUUGUGGCUGCUCCACUUUGCUUAAUUAACUUUUCAGCCACCUUGACCAGUAAAAGUUCAGUACCGAUGUCCUCCAUAUCCUCUUCUUUCUUCACUACGUCUUGUGUGUCCUGGAAUUCCGAGUCACUUGGGGAAGAGGAAGUACGUGCUGGGAGGGAGAAGCAAACUAUCAGUCAGGAAUGGAAAAAUUUUGCGUCUAACUUGAAGAUCACUAAUGAUAAAAGAUAA